AUGGCGAGCGGAUAUGAUCGAGCCCUGUCCGUCUUCUCCCCCGACGGCCACGUCUUCCAAGUCGAAUACGCCCUCGAAGCGGUCAAACGCGGCACCUGCGCCGUCGGCGUCAAAGGCAGCGACAUCGUCGUCCUGGGUUGCGAGAAGCGCUCCGCCAUGAAGCUGCAAGACACGCGCAUCACGCCCUCCAAGAUCUCGCUCGUCGACACGCACGUCUGUCUCGCCUUCGCCGGCCUCAACGCCGAUGCACGGAUUCUGGUGGAUAAGGCGAGGAUAGAGGCGCAGAGUCAUCGCUUGACGGUCGAGGAUCCCGUGACGGUGGAGUAUAUCACCAAGCACAUUGCGGGUGUGCAGCAGCGGUAUACGCAGUCGGGAGGUGUGAGGCCGUUUGGGAUCAGCACGUUGGUUGUUGGGUUUGACCCGGGGACCAAGGUGCCUAGGCUCUACCAAACGGAGCCCUCUGGGAUCUACUCUGCGUGGAAAGCCAACGCCAUCGGCCGCUCCUCCAAAACCGUCCGCGAAUUUCUCGAGCGCAACCACAAAGACGACCUCUCCCGCCCCGACACCAUCGAACUCGCCAUCAAAUCCUUGCUCGAAGUCGUGCAGACCGGCGCGAAGAACAUCGAGAUCGCGAUCAUGGCGCCUGGGAAAGAAGUCGAGAUGCUGGCAGGCGAGGAGAUUGAGAAGAUUGUCGAGAAGAUUAAUUCGGACAAGGAUGCAGAGGCGAACACGAGGAGGGCGGGACGAGGUGGUGGAGGGACGGCGCAGGGUGGGGAGCAGGUGCUUGCGAGUCGGCCGGCUGGAGAGGGUGGGGCGGAGUAG